CAUUUUGGAAUAGUUUAAAUUUUAUUUUUAGUUUUCUAUAUAGGAAGAACGCUGCAUUUCUUGUAUUACUUAAAUUUGUUAAAUUAUUUCUAAAUUGUUUUCCGAUACUCUACAUUAAUACGAAUAAUUAAAAAUGCAGGACCCAACUGAAGAUACCGAGUGGAAUGAUGUGCUCCGUUCCAAAGGAAUCAUUGGUCCCAAACAGCCAAAGGAGGCGGAAAUCACAGAGGAUCAAAUCCAGGCCAUGCUGGACGAUGCCAUACAGAGGCGCACAGAUUUGCCCGCGCAAGAGGGCCAGCGAGAUAAGAAAAUCGAUGAUAUGUCUUUGGAUGAACUGGACGAGCUAGAAGAUUCCGAGGAUGAGGCUGUGCUCGAGGAAUACAGGCGGCGGCGCAUUGCAGAAAUGCGGGCCACCGCGGAGAAGGCACGAUUUGGUAGUAUACGUGAGAUAUCUGGUCAAGAAUAUGUCAACGAGGUGACCAAAGCCGGCGAAGGUAUUUGGGUGGUCCUGCACCUCUAUGCCAAUGGUGUACCGUUGUGUGCGCUUAUCCACCAUCACAUGCAACAGUUGGCAGCCAAAUUUCCGCAGACUAAAUUCUUGCGCUCCAUUGCCACAACCUGCAUACCCAAUUUUCCAGAAAAGAAUCUACCAACGAUAUUCAUCUAUCAUGAAGGCAGUUUACGCAAGCAGUUCAUUGGCCCUCUGGAGUUGCGCGGCGAUAAACUGACCUCCGUGGAGUUGGAGUACAUGCUGGGUCAAGUUGGGGCAGUGCCCAGUGAAAUAACCGAGGAUCCCAGACCCCAGAUUAGGGACAAACUGCUGGCAGAUUUGGAAGAUAAGAGUUCAGAUUUCUACUAAUCUCCUCUAGUUACCCCGCCCCCCAUUUGUCACAUCCUAUUGGUUCAAAUUGUCUGACAUUUUACCCAUGCAACAGGGACUAUGUAUUAGGUAUAUAUAGGCCUGCAAGGGUAAAUAAACUUCGGCAUUGCCGAAUUAAGCUCGCGAACCCUUUUUGGUUAUCCAUUCAUGUUUCUUCCCUGCAAAUAAAAUCGUUCAUUUUUCUUUUUUUAA